UUCACUUCCUUUCUGGGCCUCAAUCUUUUCACACCUAUAAGUCCAUUUGUGCAGCCUGAAUUGAUUCAUGUGCUUCGUUUGCUAUUUGAUUCACACUGUUUUAAGCUCUGAGGUGUGAGUAGAGCACAAAGCAUCCUGAUAAAUCUCUUAAUUCAUUAAAUUAACCUGUUGUGCGUAGAAAUCAAACUCACCUGAGCACAGAGAACAGGGAGCUUGGUUUGAUAAUGAAAUAAAUAAUUGUUUAGAUUAUUCUGUGUGUUCAGCGUUUAUGAUCUCGUUUUUCCGUCCAAGUGUCCAGAAGACACGUCCUUGUGUCACUCGGUUUAACUGCGGUUGUGUGUCAGUGCUGUGUUCGCAUCUGCAUCAAGAACCAGAGUGAAGAGAAGAACACACCAGGGUUUUGCUGGAACUCACUAAACGAUGCACGUGUUCAAUCUCCUCAGAUCUUUCAGAGCUCACACACCUUUCAGGUCCGGUUUCGUGAGUUGUGUGUCAGCAUCAGGUUUUUUUUUUACACUACUCUUUUCUGAGAAGUGGAAAAAUCAGGUUGAUUUGUCUUGUUACAGUAUAAACUCCUCCUUUCCUAUCAAAUGAUCUGAUAACAUAAUCCAGGUCAACGUUAGGGCACUUUAUCAGAUACAUCAACUGUAUGUCCUCAUUGCUCUAAGCUAUAAAUAGAGCAGAGAAAAUUGAGAAGCUUCGAGAUUUUAGAAAGUCGACUGAGAAGCAGAAACGAUGAGCUUAAAGCGAACGUUUGUGUUGUGCUGUGGACUUCUGAUGUUGAGUCUCACCCACGCCGCUAACAAACAGACGACGGUCUGUGACAUCGGUCUGAUCAUCCCGAAACACUUCCACACGUCAGAGUCAGAGGCGAUGGAAGGAAACGGCAACAUCAACAACCGCUCUCUGUCUGCCUGGAAGUGGAUACCUCACGUCAGCACCCACAGGAUCCCUAGCGUGAUAUUUGAGGCAGAUUGUGAGCAUCAUCACUGCACAUACCCAAACAUCCAGCAGCAAAAGGAGCUGAACUCUGUACCUAUAUACAGCUACAUGCUGGUGCUCAAACAGGACCCAAAGAACAGGAAGUGCUUCACUGUACAUUUCCACAGGGUCACCGUGGGCUGCACGUGUGUGUGGGAAAGAUCGUCACCGUGA